CAGAGUGUGAGAGAGGCAGAGCACAUGGCCGGCAGAGCCGCGAGGGAUUCAUGCGUCACAGGAGAGGGCGUGCGAGUGUGUGUGUGUUUGCGCCUGCGUGUCCCCUCCCCCCUAGUGUCAGGUGCAGACUGGAAACAAGGAAGCGUUACGUCGUGUGAGUGAGUGAGCUCUACGUAAAGAGAGUGUGGGAGCCGGUGGAAGGAAUAUGAACACGCGCGCCGGCGGUCUGAUGUAACCGUGACAAUGCUUUGAGGACGAUACAGGAAGAGGAUAAGCGAGAGAGAGAGAGGCGGAAGAGCCGAGCCAGCCCUGACAGUCUCUGUAUGAAUGUGUGUUUAAGUGUUCCAACACUAGGGGUUUCGUUCGAUUGCUGGGACCGAGCCCUCCACCCAUCUGUGACUGAAUCCUUUACUUGUCUGUGACUGAAUCCUUUACUUGUCUGUGACUGAAUCCUCCACCACCAUGUCCCUACUGACCCAUGUCCUCGCCUGCCUGUUUGGCAUGGGCUCCUGGGUGGCCAUCAACGGCAUGUGGGUGGAGCUCCCCCUGGUGGUGCCGGAGAUCCCUGAGGGCUGGUACCUGCCCUCCUACCUCACCGUGCUCAUCCAGAUGGCCAACGUGGGGCCUCUCUUCGUCACCCUCAUGCACCGCUUCCGCCCGGGCAGCCUGGACGAGCGGCCGGUAAUCUACGCCAUCGUGGGCCUGGGCAUCGUGGCCACGUUCCUGCUGGCGUUCUUCUGGAGGUACUCCGUGCCCGUAGGGGGCACCGAGCGCAGCGUGCCACUACUGGUGCUCAGCUUCCUGCUCUCCGUGGUGGACUGCACCUCGUCCGUCACCUUCCUCCCCUUCAUGACCCGGCUCCGCCCACAGUACCUCACCACGUACUUUGUAGGGGAGGGGCUUAGCGGCUUGGUCCCCGCCCUGGUGGCUCUCAUACAGGGGGUCGGCGUGGUCCAAUGCCAGAACGCGACGAGCAUGGCCAAUGGCGUGCUAGAGAACGCCACGGCGGUAGCCAAUGGGGAGCUGGUGGCUCACUACCAGCCGGCGAACUUCUCGGCCCAGACCUUCUUUGUGUUCCUCAGCGCCAUGAUGGCGGUGUGCCUGGUGUCCUUCGUGCUGCUCAACCACCACCCGGCCGUGGCCCGGGAGAGGAAAGGCGACCGUUACCUCACCGGCGGCGUGGGGGGUGUGGGCGGGGAGAGGAAGGAGCCGGCCGUGGCGCUGCACCCCUCCGCUCCGGAGGAGAAGCCCAUGCUCAGUACGACGGAGGGCCCCCGGAGGGCGCCGCGGGGCUCCUUCGGGGCGGGAACCUACUGCGUGGCCGAGGUGGCGUUCAUUUUCGGGGUGCUGGCAUGGGUGAACGCGCUGACCAACGCCGUGCUGCCGUCUGUGCAGUCCUACUCCUGUCUCCCCUACGGGAACCAGGCGUACCACCUGGCUGCUACCAUGGCUGCUGUAGCCAAUCCUGUGGCCUGCUUCAUUGCUAUGUUCCUGCCACUCAGGUCUCUGGUUCUGAUGGGGGUUCUGACAGUGCUGGGGACUGGGUUUGGGGCCUACAUCAUGGCCAUGGCUGCUCUGAGUCCCUGCCCUCUGCUGGUCCACAGCCAAUCAGGAACAGUGCUAAUCGUGCUAGCCUGGAUCCUGUUUGCGCUGACUCUGUCCUACGUCAAGGUGAUCAUCGGCGUGAUCCUGCGCGAUGAGGGCCACAGCGCCCUCGUGUGGUGUGGGGCGGUAGUGCAGCUGGGCUCCAUGCUGGGAGCCCUGUCUAUGUUCCCCCAAGUCAGCGUCUAUGGACUGUUCAGGUCAGGGGAUCCCUGCAACACCAAGUGUUUCCAGUAGAACUGUGGGAGAAACGCUCGCACUGUAGCAAACACUGGAUGUCGAUUCUUGUGUGAUUGUUUCUUAUGUGAAGUUCUGUUAGAAGGAUUGUUGUGUACUACUGUACCAUUACCAACAGCAAAUACUAUCAAAAAUCCCAGAUGCACUUAAUUCCCUUUUAAACCUAUGGAACCAAUGUCAUGUUUUUACACCGGUCUUCUGUCCAUGUGAGCAACUAGACACUGUGUGUCUCAGUUAUUUCACUUGUACAAACAGUAUAUUUGUGUUCUAUGAAAGCACAGGACCAGACCAGACAUCUUUUAAAUACUUAAGGCCCCACUACAGCUCCUUCUCUAAAGAAACAAUUCCUGUUACUUGAAGUCUAAUCUCAAAUGUUGUGUCCGAAAAGUAAACUUCUAGCUUGCUAAUAUGUUACCAUAUUAACUUAAACAGUGCCUUAUUUUAAAACUGUCUAAAAUGUUAGAUGUCAACUGAUAAAUUAUUUUUUGUAUUGUUUACAAUUUGUUUCUGGUUACAUGGUUUAAAAAAAGUUGCUUCUUUCGAUCAUAUGCACUGCUAUUACGUUGUAGCAAACACGUCAUGUAAAUAAAGACAGUU